UAUUCACAAUAAACUAAGAGGGGACACCAUACUUUGAUACUGACGUUUCCCAUUUCUACCGUCAGAGUGCAUUGUGCGUGCCUUCUUGUGGUAUUAUCGUAGAGCGUUUUAAUUCGUCCAUGAACGUGUUGAAACGACAACGUGAUUGGUUCGUACGGCGCACCAAUAAAAAUAUUAUAAUAACUACUAGCGCCACCGUUUCUUUUUAUUUUCCUUAAAUAUUCUCUUCUCUGUUACUUUUAUGUUUUCAUUCGUUACUUGGAUCCUUCCUGUUUAAUAAGGAUAAAAACAUAGUUUUGUGCCUUGUAUAUUUAGUCAUAGCAUCAAGAUUAAUUGGUACAUGCGAAUAGUGUGGGUGUUAAACGAAGGCAGCGCUUUCGUAGAAUCAUUGCUUAAGGAAAGAAACAGCGUGCUAAUUUAGACAACGUUAACUAAUUUUAGAAAUAUUCAUUCUACUUCGAGUUAAAGGAAUACUUAUAUCUAAUUUUAAACAUAGCAAUAUGAAAAUGGUAGAAGAAAUUCAGAAAAAGCUUCAAGCUGAAAUAGAUAAAUUUAAUCAAGUUCAAAAAGAUUACAAUAAAGCACUUCGUACAAGACAAAUACUUGAUGGACAAUUGAAUGAAAAUAUUGCUGUUAAAAAGGAGUUGGACCUCCUCAAGUCUGAAGAUGAAGUUUAUAAAUUAAUCGGACCAUGUUUAAUAAAACAAUACUUAGAUGAAGCUAAACAAAAUGUUUCUAAACGUAUGGACUAUAUUUCGUCCGAAUUGAGCCGCACGGAAGAAUUAAUAGCCACUUUGGACAAAAAGCAAGAUGCUCAUAGGGAAACUCUAGAAAAAUUGCAGCAAAUGUUCCAGCAAGCUCAAGUCAAAGCAUCGUUAGCUGGAACGAAAGCAUAAUAUGGUGUUUAUUUUAGCUUGACAAUACGUUUACUGAUUUAUUGAUUAGUAAUACUAAAAAAAGAAAACGAUUUCUCAUAUUUGUAAUUAAGCAAAUUGUUAUUUAUAAACCUCUAAAUUAAUAAUAAUUGUUCUUAAAAAUAAUGUAUGAUAAUAUUUAUCGUAAAAUUUUUCUUAUAUGUAACAUCAAAUGAAAAUUAUAAUUAUGUAAUUACUCAGACCA